AUGGACAAUAUGUCUAUUACUAACACACCAACAAGUAAUGAUGCUUGUCUGAGCAUUGUUCACAGCUUGAUGUGCCAUCGACAAGGUGGAGAGAGUGAAACUUUUGCAAAACGUGCAAUUGAAAGUUUAGUUAAAAAGCUAAAGGAGAAAAAAGAUGAAUUGGAUUCUUUAAUUACAGCUAUAACCACAAAUGGAGCUCAUCCUAGCAAGUGUGUUACAAUACAGAGAACGCUGGAUGGGAGGCUUCAGGUGGCUGGUCGCAAGGGAUUCCCUCACGUGAUUUACGCUCGUCUUUGGAGGUGGCCUGAUCUUCAUAAAAAUGAACUCAAGCAUGUUAAAUAUUGUCAGUAUGCUUUUGACUUAAAAUGUGACAGUGUCUGCGUAAAUCCUUAUCAUUAUGAACGUGUAGUAUCGCCUGGCAUUGAUCUCUCGGGACUGACACUGCAGACUUCUGCUCCAUCAAGCAUGUUGGUGAAAGACGAAUAUGUUCAUGACUACGAGGGGCAGCCAUCAUUGUCUUCUGCUGAAGGCCAUUCGGUCCAAACCAUCCAGCAUCCACCAAGUAACAGGGCAUCUACAGAGCCUUAUAGCACCCCAGCCAUGUUAGCUCCUACCGAGGCUAGCACUACCAGCACUACUAAUUUUCCCAACAUUCCUGUGGCUUCAACAAGUCAACCUACCAGUAUAUUGACAGGACAGGUAACUCAACAGAAUGGGUUUACAGCUCAGCCAUCUACUUACCAUCACAAUAGUACUACAACUUGGACUGGAGGCCGGAAAGCAGCCUACACACCUACCAUACCUCACCACCAAAAUGGCCAUCUUCAACAUCAUCCACCUAUGCAUCCUGGGCAUUACU